AUGCUAAACGAUCUCCCUUCCCACAUACUACUUAGAAUUUAUCAACUGCUUGAGCCAAAGGAGCUCAAAUUAUUAAGAGCUGUGCAGCGACGAGAUUAUAAUUUUAUCACUAAGUAUCGUAAAUGUUUGCGAAGGACAUCUGUGAUGAUUCGCUUACGAGCUGAAGAACAUGGACUUGUAAUUGAUGUGUAUAAAGCUCAGUUUUCAUUGGAUAAGCCGAGGCGUUUCGCAAUACUCUCGUCAGAAUUAGACGAGCUAUGGCGAUUCAAAGAAUUGGCAGUGAAAGGGUUGAUACUGGAAAGUGCGGCAGACGGAGAAAUUCCUUUGUUGUUCCAAGCUGCUUCGUUAUUACCCCUAGACACAGAAUGUUCAUUGACGUUCAAAUCACUUUGCUUCUCCGAUUCUAACAUAAGCGAACUUCUACGGUUGCUUGGGCAGAUUCAGUCUAUACCGCUGCUAAAGCUGCACAUCAUACCAGAAGAUAUCAGCGCACUAGGCAUUAGCUACGCGGUAGUAGCAUGA